GUUACGCAGUAAAAGGUUGGGGGGGCGACUAUAAAUACGUGAAGCAGCGCAACACCACCUGACGCUCUGCUCUUCGACGCUGUGCCGUGAUGGUGAGCAGCAUUGUGAAGAAACUGCGGUGCUGCGGAGCGACGACCCCGGACGCUCCCAAAGGCCGAGUCCCCAUCCGCGUGGGCAGGCACGGCGACCUCCUUUGCAAGUUCGACGUGGAGGCGAGCCACCUGAGCCACCCGCUGUUCCAGGACCUCCUCCGGUCGUCCGAAGAAGAGUUCGGGUUCUCCUACGACGGUGCGCUCCGGAUCCCGUGCGAGGUCGGCGUGUUCCGGUGCCUCCUCCGCCUUCUUAACGCGAGCCAUCGCGGCUCUCGGGUCCGUGCUCCCAAGUUAAGCGCGGAGGACGGUCGAAGCAAGUGCUUCUUGCUUUCCAGAUGACGAGACCAAUUCUCCUCUUCUUUGAGAUUUUAUAAUGCUCUGACU